AUGGUCACGUCGCUGGAUUCGCAGAUAUUGUUUUCCAGACUAAAAUGUCCAAAAAUUCCUGCUUGUUCUGGAGACUGGAGGGGAUUUGGAGAGAAAUGCUUUUAUUUUUCUGCGGAUACCAGUAAUUGGUCAAACAGUAGAAGAUAUUGUAAUUCACAUGGAUCAGAACUAGCUCAGAUUGACACACAAAAGGAUAUGGAAUUUUUGAAGAGCCACACAGGAACUUCUAUGCACUGGAUUGGAUUGAACAAGGAACCAGAGAAUUCUUGGAAGUGGACAAAUGGAACAAUAUUCAAUUACUGGUUUGAUAUUAAAGGAAAUGGAUCUUUUGCUUUUCUGAGUGCUGCUGGUGUCUAUAGUUCACGGGGGAUUGUUGAUAUGAAGUGGAUUUGCAGCAAACCUAGAUAUGUAUAG